AUGGGUUUCCAUUCAAGGUGGCCAUUGGUGGGACCUGCACCAGCGGCUCUGUGUCUGUGUGUGAUCAGCAUGCUCCUAGUGUGCCUGCUGCCUCCUGCAUCGUGCACAACCUGCCCUCAAAAAUGCCGCUGUGAGGAUCUGCAGUUCUACUGCGACACCCAGGGGCUUCAGGCACCCCCAGAUGGUGUGGACAAGGGGGCCCUGGGGUUGUCACUACGCCACAAUAGCAUCACUGAGCUCAGCCCUGAUCAAUUCUAUGGCUUCAGCCAGCUCACUUGGCUACAUCUAGACCAUAACCAGAUUACCACAGUACAAGAGGAUGCCUUUCAAGGACUCUACAAGUUGAAAGACCUGAAUUUAAGCUCCAAUCGUAUCACCAAGUUGCCCAACACAACCUUCAUCCACCUCAUCAAUCUCCAAAUACUGGACCUAUCCUUCAAUCAGAUGACAGCACUGGAACCAGAGCUGUUUCAUGGACUGAGGAAGCUCCAGAUACUCCAUCUCCGCUCCAAUUUACUUCGUACCACACCUGUUCGCGCUUUCUGGGACUGCCGCAGCCUGGAAUACCUUGGCCUAAGCAGUAACCGUCUACGGAGUCUGGCCCGAAAUGGAUUUGCUGGGCUCAUUAAGCUUAAAGAGCUCCACUUGGAACACAAUCAGCUGACCAAGAUCAACUUGGCCCAUUUCCCUCGACUUGUUGCCCUCCAGUUUCUUUAUCUGCAAUGGAAUAAGAUCAGCAACCUAACGUGUGGCAUGGAGUGGACCUGGUCUACUUUAGAAAAGCUGGACCUAACAGGAAAUGAAAUUCGUGUCCUGACACCUGAUGUGUUUCAAACGCUGCCAAAUUUAAAGACUUUGCUGCUGGAUAACAACAAACUUAGCAGUCUGGAUCCCCAAGUCAUGGAUAUGUGGCAGUCUCUGGGUACCAUUGGGCUGUCUAGCAACCUUUGGGAAUGUACCAAAAGGAUUUGCUCUCUGGCCACGUGGCUAAGCACCUUUAAGGGAAGGUGGGAACAUUCCAUUCUCUGCCACAGUCCUGAAUACGCCCAAGGUGAGGAGAUACUCGAUGCCGUUUAUGGAUUCCAGCUUUGCCAGAAUUUUUCAGCGCCAGUUGUACAGACCAUUAGUACAACCACAGACGCUACUAUGGCUGCAGAGAUCACAAGCUCCUUGUUUGGAAUUAUGCAGCCAACCCCUACGCAGGACUAUGCAGAGGAUUUUGGGAGCUUUACCACAGUCACUACGACAACAACCACAACACAAGCACCACGCACUGCUCAAGCAACUACUGCUACAUGGGAAGAGGCAGCUGUAACGGAUGACUUCUCGGCAAUGGACAACACUGUUAUGACUCAUAGGGUUAUCAUUGGAACUAUGGCCCUCCUAUUUUCAUUCUUUUUCAUCAUUUUCGUUGUGUAUAUCUCACGGAAGUGCUGCCCUCCCACCCUGCGCCGGAUACGCCACUGUUCGGCUAUUCAGAACCGCAGACAGAUGAGGACCCAGCAGAGGCAGCCUAUGGCAGAUCUAGCUACACAGGUACCCUAUAAUGAGUAUGAGCCCAGCCACGAAGAAGGGGCACUUGUGAUUAUCAAUGGCUAUGGGCAGUGCAAGUGUCAGCAACUGCCUUACAAAGAGUGUGAAGUAUGA